AUGGUAUUUAUCAACUUGGAGAAGGCAUACAACAAAGUUCCUAUAGAGGUUCUUUGGAGAUGCUUGGAGAUGAGUUGGGUCCCGGUGGCUUACAUCAGAUCGAUUAAGGACAAGUAUGAAGGAGCUAAGACCCAGCUAUACUCUAUUGGGGGAAUGCCUCAUGUGUUGAAUGUUUGGAUGUAUGAAUGUUGUUCUGAGGUAGACAGUACUAUAGCUGAGCGUGUCGGUAAUGUAAUUCCUAGGAUUUUUAACUGGAAGAUAGUUGGGAUUAAGGUCAAGUAUGAGAAGUUCAUGGCCGGUAUGUUCAGCAAGUUUGUGUACACUAAUUUACGGCCAACUCAUGAAGAAGUACAAAGAUUUGAUUUGCCAAUAAUCGAAGGGGUUGAAUUAAAUAAUAAUGAAUCUGCCUUAUCACAUGAUACUUAUCCAGAUCGUAGUGGUAAAAGACACGUUGUCAACAUGCAUACUCAAUCGAACAUGGACCAUAAAGGUUUUGAAGAUUUCAGUAUUGUUCCACCACCUGAAAUCCUAAUGAAGGUAGGUCUAAGUACUCAUGCAUCCGCAUCGCAAUCUACGAAGAAGAGAAGGACAGUUCGAUUUGAUACUACAACUGUUUCUAUGCAAGAUAACGAGAAAACUCCACCGUCUGUUUCAGGAAAAGUUGACCAAAAAUUCACCUUCCUUCACAAAGUAAUGGUUAAACAACAUGAAGAAUCAAAUGACAAAAGAAAUACACAACACGCAGAACUUAUGUGCAUGCUAAAACACAUCAAACACGCCAAUAAAAAGGAUCAACAAGAUCAAGAUGUGGAAUACUUACAAAAGGAAGAUGUUUCAUCAAAAGAGCAGCAACAGGAUCAACAAGUUCAAGAUGUGGAAUGUUUACAAAAGGAAGAUGUUCCAUCAAAAGAACAGGAUGAUGAACUUGGAGGGUUUACAACUGGGGGAGUUCCAUCAGUAGACAAUUUCGAAGAGAUGGAUAUCGUCACUAGUUUAAAAGAUAAAGCAAAAAAGAAUUUUGAAGGAUUUAGUUCAGAUGUUGAAACUUCCACAUUAGAUGUGCAUGUCGAAGAAAUGGUGAAUCAGGAAAUGGAGGAUAUUGGAACUGUCACAUUGAAUUCUCUUGUUGAUGCAGUUGUAAAUCAGAAUCCAAAUUACUCUAAAGUACAAAACCCUGAGAAUAUUCAUGAAGAUCAUUCGGAUGAAUACUUGAGUACCCUUUCAGAAUCUGCUCGAUUGGAGAUAGAUGCUAUAAUGCAAGGUUUGACAGCACCGGUAGAUGAUAUUCCGCUUGAAGUUGUUAAAUCGAUGGAUGAAACAGUUAACUUGCAUUCCAUAUCUGAUAGCCAGAUUCCAUCAAAUUAUCCUGAUUCAGUUGUUGCGGCUUAUCCAGCUGUAAAAACUCCUGCUAAACGAACCAGGACUAGGUCAAAAAUUUUCAAGUCACCAUACACGACUGACUUUGCAUCUGGUUCAAAGGCUCUUAAGGAUGAAAGCACAGAAUUCAAAUAG